AUGGCUUCCAAGGCACUCGCGAUCAUUGCUGGUGUUGGCCCUGGCACGGGCGCCUCAAUCGCCAGGAAAUUUGCAAAAUCCUACUCAGUUGUAGUUCUGGCUCGAAACCCAGACAACUAUGAUGCAGUCGUUCAAGAAAUCAAUUCCAACGGCGGCCAGGCCAUCGGCAUCAGCGCCGAUGUCUCCGACUCGAGGAGCGUCAAUGCCGCCUUUGACAAGAUCCAAGCGCAGUAUCCUUCCUCCAAGGUAGCUGCUGCUGUCUUUAAUCCAGGUGGCGGCCUGGUGGUCAAGCCAUUCCUCGAGCUGACGGAAGAAGAUUACUCGACUGCACUCGGGUCACAGGCACAUGGCGCCUUCAACUUUGCCCAACGGGCUAUUCCGCUGCUCCUACAAGCUCGUGAAUCGUCGGAGCACCCGCCCACACUAAUUUUCACGGGAGCUACUGCUAGUAUUAAGGGUUCAGCUAAGUUUGCUGCUUUUGCUUCGAGCAAGUUUGCACUGCGUGCAUUGGCGCAGUCACUUGCUCGUGAGUUUGGGCCGCAGGGAGUACAUGUCUCGCAUACUAUUCUUGACGGUGUCAUUGAUAUCCCUCGUACCAAAUCCUGGGUAUUUGAGCAUGAAGAUGCGAAAUUAAGCCCCGACGCUAUUGCGGACUCAUAUUGGUAUUUGCAUACUCAGCCGCGCACGACAUUUGCGUUUGAGUUGGACCUGCGACCUUAUAUUGAGAAGUGGUAG